GCGUCUCGCGAGAUCGGGAAGAGCCAGCGCCAAGCGAGCCAUGGAGAGCGGUAGGGGCCGGCGGGGGGUUCUUUGCGAGGGGCCUACAGGGGCCGCCUGAGCCCCAAAACCCCGCCGCGGCCAUGGAGGCCAAGCGGAAGGAGCCGCGCAAGGCGCUGAGGAUCAAAGUCAUCUCCAUGGGCAACGCGGAGGUGGGCAAGAGCUGCAUUAUAAAGCGCUACUGUGAGAAGCGGUUUGUGCCCAAGUACCUUGCAACAAUCGGCAUUGAUUAUGGUGUCACCAAAGUGCAGGUCCGGGACAGAGAAAUCAAGGUGAAUAUCUUUGAUAUGGCUGGACACUCUUUCUUCUAUGAGGUCCGCAAUGAAUUCUACAAAGACACCCAAGGUGUAAUCCUAGUAUAUGAUGUUGGGCAGAAGGAAUCAUUUGAUGCCCUUGAUGCAUGGCUUGCUGAGAUGAAGCAGGAACUUGGACCACAUGGCAACAUGGAGAACAUUGUCUUUGUGGUUUGUGCCAACAAGAUUGACUGUACAAAGCUCCGGUGCGUGGAUGAAAGUGAAGGCCGGCUGUGGUCAGAAAGCAGAGGCUUCCUUUAUUUUGAGACCUCAGCACAGACAGGCGAGGGAAUCAAUGAGAUGUUCCAGACUUUCUAUUCAGCCAUUGUUGAUUUGUGUGACAAUGGUGGAAAGCGUCCCAUGGCCAGCAUGAGCGUCGGUUUCACCAAAGAGCAAGCAGACACCAUCCGAAGAAUCCGCAGCAGCAAAGAUAGCUGGGACAUGCUGGGUGUCAAGCCAGGGGCCACAAGGGAUGGAGUGAACAAAGCUUACCGGAAGUUGGCGGUGCUCCUCCACCCAGACAAAUGCAUGGCUCCCGGCAGUGAGGAUGCCUUCAAAGCUGUGGUCAAUGCCCGGACUGCCUUGCUCAAAAACAUAAAGUAAACAAAGUGGAAUCAGCUUGUUCCCCCAAAAGUAGGUGAUGAAGGCCACCCUGUUGGGUGGGCUGCCCUCCUGUCCAAGCGGGAGGCAGCAAGAGUUACUUCCUGCUUCAAGCGAGGAUCGUGGGAACGAAGCCCAGGGAGAGGAACUCUUAGAAGCAGCCUCCUCUUGCUGCGUGCUUCUCAUUCAUCUCAAAAUGUUUCCUGUGCUGCUAGAACCAGCUUUAUGCGGCUGUUGAUCUGAUGUGGAUUCCCAAAUCCAUCUUACUACUGCAGCAACUAUAGUGUCCUUUUCUUUCUCCUGUAGGGAAGUUGGCCUUGGACUGAGUUGACUUUAAAAUAUUUUGUAUGUGAAAGAUUUUCUUCUGUAGCAUUACUUGUAUUUUGUUAUCCUAAAUUUGGUGCUUGGGUUCAGCCAGGUCUGAUUUACCCUCCACUUACUCCAAGAUCUAGCAAUUUGCCACUUCGAUACAGAUUACCAUUUGAGUUCACAUCUUUGAUAAAGGGUCUGUGUGCCCUCUGCAUUUCUCAUAGUUGUGUGAUAUUUGCCAACUACCAUUCCAGGCUCUUAAGGUCUGUUUUGCUGCAUAUAGAUGGAUAAGAAAACAUGACAGCUAGGACUGAGGCACUGGGAGCCACCAAGAGCAGCACAUGAUUGGGACAGGCAACAGCCCAUCAAGCAGUAUGUCAAUAAGUUGCUAUUUGAAUCCAACUGGUUUAGUACUUUUGAUGUGACCUAUCCUGCUUUGGGAUUAGCUGAGAAGGUUUAGGCUUCUUGGUCUUCCCACACAGGGUGUAGGGGGUAAUUUCCUAGUUUACUUGCAAAACAGUUGCCAAUGCAGACCAGCAGCCCCCCCAAAAAGCAAAAAACAAACAAACAAACAAACAAGCAAACUAAUUCAUGUUUAAUUCAAGGAGCAUUUGAAUCAGGGCAGGCAAGAAUUAUAUUUUCCUAUAGUGGAGGAGGACUCACAUUUGCUCCAGGAGGCAGGAAUGAAUAUUAGUUAGGCAGAGUGCUUUUCCUGUGCUUAGUUUGCUGAUAGCAAGGCUUCUUUUUUUUCCUUUUGCUCUCCAACAGAAUGUCGUCCAGUGCUUCCCCAAAGGUUUGCCUGUUCUUAAAAGGAAUGGAAGAAAGGUUCACCUUUAGAAGGAGCUGUUUUUCCUUAGUGCUCUGCCUAAUUAAUAUUCAUUAAGAGUUUUAAUGGCCUCUUGAGACAUUACAUCCAACAGUUAUUUUGCCAGCAAAAUGGAUUCCCUAGAAAAUAUUGGCUAUGGAUAACCUGAGAGCUAGAGCUUGAAGCAUCAUGAAUCUCAGGCCAAUAUUUUCUCCAUGCUUCUGCCGUCUGUAGAAUUGUAUCACACUAUGUAGAUGUACAUAUGCACCCACUCAUGCAGGGACAGAGCCUUUUCCUUCCCCAUUCCUUUCUUUACUUCUCAUUCAGCCAGCUACUCUAUCCCUCUCCCCUCUGUAAAUUCCCUUCUCUUUCUUCUGACCUUGCAGUCUACUCCACUCCUGUAUGCAGCAUACAUGUGGUAGGUCCCUGAUCUUAAGUCCAGGGCCCACAUGUGAAACUCCAACCAUCCUCCAUGGAGCGAGGAAGCAGCAUGUCACCAUUGACAUGCCUAGUCCAAAUCAAUGAUAGAGGGACCAAGAACAAAAGUAUAUAAUUAGGUGGGUCAGAACUACAUCAAUGACCAUGCAGUACUAAUCCACUCAUGUACAGCUUGGGAACUAAACCAUAAUACCAGAAUCCUGUUGGUGCACUGUACUGGUGUAAACAGGACAUUAUUUUGUUAUAGUACACUUGACAGUGGUGUGUAGCUGGAAGUGGGAUGAUGGUAGUAAAAACUUUCUGGCACCAGGGAAAGCUUGGGAGCUGGUAGGGCAGCUUUCGCUCCUGACAGAGACAGUUCUCUCUGCUAUCCUUGUGGCAUUUUCUCCUCGAACCUCUAAAGGAGUAUUCCCUGAAGUUUUUGUUUUGGAAGAUUGUAUUUCUGGUGAUGACCACCUUGGCUCAAAAGUUGUCACAGUUAGGCGCUGUCUUGGUUUUAUCCUGUUUUAUGCUUUCCUGUGAGCUGUACUUUUGUUCCUCUGCCAAUAGAAGGAUUUUUCAGAAGGUAGUCCCUGCCUAAGGAAAUCACAACCCUGGUUAGUCCCAGUCAUUGGCAACCCCUCUCUGUGGGAUAAGAAAUGAGCACUGAAUUGACGAUUCCCUUUCUUUGUGGACGGAGUUUCUCUGGCCUUUCCUGGAAAUAUUUUGCCUGUUCUAUUUAUUGGGGAGUUAAUCUGUGUCCAUUUUCAGUCUUGUCUGUUUACUCCUCAAACUAGAAAAGAUGCUCUCCAAUGCAGUCCUGCCUUCCAUACUUUGUAGGAAAGGAAUCUUCACUCUGAGUUCAGUAUUCCUGCCUUGUGGGCUGCUUCUUGAUUUCAUGAUUUGGUUUUAAAAUGGCAGGAGACUUUCUUUGGGCCUGAUAAAGUAUUUCAUGGAUUUUUGUUUGUUUGUUUGUUGCCUGAAAGUUGUAAAUCAACAGAGUGCUACUUCUGAAAUGUUUCCCAGAACUGCAGGAAGCUUUCUGUUCACUGCAAGGUGACUUCCUUCAAAGCUGGCCCCCACUACCCUGGAUCUUCUCUGAAAGCAGUGUGACAAAUGAACUAAGUGGAAUACGAACAUGGGGCACCCCUCCCAAUCCUUUGUGGUAACUGGCAGUCUCCCUUGAUUAACCUGCCCUCUGGUUGCUGAAAAAACAGUUUGGUGUGGAGUAGCAGAAGGUCUGGCAACUGUGUGUGCAGCAGGAGGGGAUGGAAAUGGCACUCCUUUGGAGACAGGACUACCCCGUUAUUGCCAUCUCUUCAUCUCACUACUUAGGAAACAUGUGGAGUCCUGGCAUAUGAAGACUCUGUUACAUUCAGAAAAUAAUUGUAUGUAGGCACUAAAAUGUUUCAAUUAGAAGAGGUCCAAAGAUCCUCUUUCUGCAGCCUUGCUUUCUAAGGCAAGGGAGAAGGAAGCACUUUCAAAACAGACAAGGAUGAGCCACGUUGGAUGUGUCUUGCUAGUUUGCAGCAGCAGUAGUUUCCUUUGUGGUGAACUGAGGUAGGGAGAGAUUUGCCUCCCUCCAGCCAAAAAAUGAAGCUCUGGCCUGCAAUAUGUGUAUAUAUAGAUAAGUAUACAUUGAUCCACAUGUGCACUUUAAGCCUUGGGCAGAGGUUUGUAUGCUUGUAGAGGCUUGCAAAUACUCAGUAGUGCUCCCUCAGUUCUAGACACCCCCCUUUGAAAGCAAUGUUCAAUUUACUGACCACUGUGAAUGCCUUGUAAUGUAAAAUCCCAUGGGUUUGUGGGUUGGCUGUAUAUUGCAAUUGCACUUUCCUGCCUUUUGUUUUGUGUUGCAUUAUUGCCUCCUUCCCAUGCCCUCUUGUGCCCAUAGGUGCUACCUCCAGUUGACUUCUUGAGUUCCCAUUUCCAGCACCAUCUCUCUCUUCACCUCCACUCCAGCUCUCUUGUGCCUGCAAUCUAAAUGUGAUGUAGGGAUCUACAAACCUUCCUGAUCUUCUCAACAGUCAGAAAGAUUGCCAUGGAAAAUAGCAGACCUUCUUGCUAGCUGUAACCACACAGCUGUUUCAAGGGAAAGGUGUCACUUAUUUUUCAGAAGCCUAAAACUGUUGCCUUGGGUGGAUUUUCUUGUCCCCUUCUCUUUCAGAUCUGGCAAUAUCCCAUCACCUCUGAGUUAUGCAAUUACAACCAAGGCUAAUAGAAAUAAUAUUUUUUUGUUUUUCUUUUAAACCAGAUAUUGUCUGUAGUUGUCAUUUCACAUCCUUUUUGGGGUGAAAAGACUUUCCAUUUUCAUUCCCACAAGUCUACCAAAGGUGCAGCCAGCUCUCCAUUUGCAGGGCAAAUAAUAUGGAGGACUCCUGCUGUGUUAACAUGAAGCUGCUCUGUUACAACCCCCCUUGUCUAAAGCAAAAUACAGCAGAAAAGGAUUGGAACUCUAAGUGGUGUGAAGGUGAUGUAGCUGAGUCAGAUCCUGCUCUUGAAAAUGUUCGUGGGCAGCUGCUUGUCGGCUGCUUGGUUUGACACUCUAUAAGGUAAGCAGCUUAUAUGGGAAGUGACCACUUUGCUUGUGGUGCUACCAUCUCAUCUUGCUUUUUGUAGGGCUAUUUUGAUUGCAAAGUCACACAGUCUGAGUUCUGGAUGGGAAGGAAAGGGGAUUCUGUAUGGGACAAGGAACACAGGUGCUGUGGGUAAUACACUUAUACGUCCCACCCGUCAGUGAACCUUGGUACAGGCAUUGCAGGCCUUUAGAUCAUAAUUCUCUGCAAAAUUGUUCCCUCCAGACAAGGUUCUGUUUCUGAAAGAAGGAAAAAGGGAAAUGCAGGGUGGUCGAAUUCCAAGCCAUUAAAGGCAGAGAUUUUUUUUCCUUCUCCAAAGAAUUUUGUACUGUUCAGAGACUUCUCCCUACAUUUCUUUGUGUGAUGUAUGGAUCUGAAUGCACUGUAUUUAUUUUGUAAUUACUAGUUUUACACAAAAUGCCCCAUACUAGACACUGGUUGAUAAUGUAGAUCAGUUUAAAGCUGAUGACAAAAGCUGGAAUGGUGACAUCUGCAUGUUCACGUAUAGAAAACCUUGGUUCUUUGGAAGUCUAUGUAUUAUUUUUUUACAAGAUUAAAUUGGAUUUAAAACAAACUUGCUGUUUUUGCUGUCCUGCAUACCUGUUGCUAUUUAAUGUGUAACUAGGAUCUCAGACACUUGCCUAGAUAUUUACAGGUUUUGGGUUUGGUUUUUGUUUUUGUGAUCAUGGCACAUGUGUCGACAUCUUCAUUUGGGAGAGUGAUGGAAUAGGUGUAAACACAGACAAUUGGCCUUAUGGCCUCAACUGGUGUGACGCUGGUGGGAGGGGUCUAUUAAAUGCAAAGCUGGACUAUGCCUAGGAUAUUCUGGAGUUUUUAAAAACCUCUGCUGAGUGACUUCAUUCAAGUCAGGAUCACUGGAUGUCAUGCAAUCUUUCUUUACAUAAACUU